AUGUCUUCUUUAUCAAGCCCUUGGAGGCAUAUUAUUGUCUUCCUCGUCUCUUUUUUUCUUCUGGACGUUGCCUCAGCCCUGCCUUCUUCCCCCUCAAUACGACCGUACCUACUUCCACCACCUAAGCAGCUUAUAAGUAAAAGGUCAGAGUUGUCUCCUUCGAUACGGCCAUACUUGCUGCCACCUCCCAAGCAACUCAUCAGCAAGAGGUCGGGAAAUGGGACAUUCAUGCCCCGACUUGACGUCAACUUCCCAGAUCCAUGCCUUCUCCAUGAUCAAGACGGUCGAUGGAUAUCCUUUGCAACAAGUGGAAAUGGACAUCAUAUCCAGAUCGCCAUGGCUGAUGAUCCUUUUGGUCAGUGGACUCAUCUUGAACAAGAUGCACUCCCUGGGGAUGGGUGGACGAGCGGCAGAAACUUCUGGGCUCCUGAUGUGCGAAAGCUAGACGACAACUCAUACGUCAUGUACUUCUCAGGGGAAAACCCCGAAGGCGGUCACUGUAUCGGAGUUGCGCGAUCACAAAACAGCACAGGUCCAUACGAGAUGGAUCCCGAACCAUUCGCAUGCCCCAAAGACGAAGGUGGAGCAAUCGACCCGGCCGGUUUUUACGACAAGUCGACUGACAAGCGCUAUGUGGUCUACAAAGUUGACGGUAACGCUCUCAAGGGCGGCGCCGGCACUCCGAUCCGGCUACAAGAAGUUUCAACCGACGAUGGAUCAACACCGAUCGGCGCGCCUGUGGAUAUCAUGGAUCGGAUCCCUGCAGAGGAUGGGCCCCUAGUUGAGGCUCCAAACCUAGUGCACACGGAUGACGGCAGAUACCUGCUCUUCUUCAGCAGCCAUAUGUACUCGGAUGAUGCAUACGAUGUCAAGUACGCCGUGGCCCAUCAGGUUGAGGGACCCUAUGUCCGGGGCCCGGAACCAUUCCUCAAGACGCCUGCUCUCGGGCUUAAGGGGCCGGGUGGAGGCACAAGUGCUGAGGAUGGAGGUUUCUUGGUGUUCCAUGCGCGGUGCGCGGACGGUAAGAGGUGUAUGUACUCGAUUGGGUACGAUAUUGCCAGAGUGGAUGACUCUGUUUAA